GAGAAGCAUUUUCCUAUAUAAACUAUCGGUAUCCUCAAGUAUCAAUGAGACUUCCACGUGUCAUCAUCCCAGAAUCUGAAGGUGGCUGUAGACGUUGUACUACCUACACUUUGGGAAAAUUUCAAAUUUUUUUACCGUUACAACAUGGUAGAGGCGAACCAUAGGACUGUUUCUCCUCGAAUGAAAAUUCUCUCACAAGACCCCACCGUUAAAACCCUUCAAAAUAUUCUCUAGUGAUUCGAUUUGAAGUAAAACAAUGGGAGAUUCGAGAAGCAGCUACGAAUGCAUCAGAAAUGCAAGAAUUCUGGAGAACCAGGCUCGAUUGGCCGCACUGGGACUGCAAAAGACGAUCUCAGAGCUCCGGCGCAUUGCUUCACCGGCAAAAUCAGUGAAGACCCAUGUCCAGAAAUUCCAAAAAGUCGACUAUAGCUCCAUUCCCCCGCGCCGCUCUCCGAGGUUGAACCGUUCAAGCCUGUUGCCGACAACGCCAUCGUUCGAUCAGCGCAUUCCCCUCCGGCGAUCCAGUCAGUUAAGAGGGACAUUAAGUGAACCGCCAAUAUCAACACGUCGAAGGAAAAGGCGGAGUGAAGACGUUACGCCCAGUAAAGGGGAAAAGAAGAAGCCUAAGCCGUUGCCGGAGCUGUCGCCGGAGGUUGUGGGUCGCCGUUGCGCCAGCAAAAGCAGGGGCACCAUCUACCACUCUGUUUUUGGAAUUUGCUGCCACUUUUGCAGGCAAAAGACAUUGUGUGGUGAAGUAGAUUGCAAGCGGUGUGGUAAUUUUGAUGUGGAUGAACCCUGCAUAGGCAAGACAGACUGUUCAUCAUGUCACUCCAGCUAUGGUGUUCUCUGCCGUGGUUGUCUCAAGAUUAGAUAUGGAGAAGAAAUGGAGGAGGUGAGAAGAAAUAAGCAAUGGAUGUGCCCUCACUGCAUAGAGGAUAAAGGAAUUAAUCCACACUGGAUAUGUAACAGUUCGUUGUGCUUAAGGAAGAGAAAGAUGGGUGCAACUGGGAUUGCCAUAUUCCGAGCUAGGGAGAUGGGAUACAAAUCAGUGGCGCACAUGCUAAUGGAUGAGCUCCGGCGAGCAAAGCACAGAUGAUGAGUUUUGCAAAAUUUUGGACGCAACUGUGAGCAAGUAAACUGUAAAACUAACUACAUAAGAUGCAGAUGCAGUCUCGGGGAUAAAUAACAUAAAUGAUCACUCAACUUUGUAUUAAGAUAUAAAAAAAUUAUUAAAUUUUAAUUUGCAACUAAAAUGUCACUGAACUUAAAUUUAGUAUGCAAUUCUAUAAGUAUUG